ACCACUUCUGCAUAUGUCAAAUACGAGAGAACCAAACGAGACUUGUGAUGCAUUUUGAUUCAUUUUGAUGUAAAGAUUGGAGAGCAAGCAAUAGUAAAUAUGUCAAUUUUCUGAACGGUUAGCAAUUCAAUGAGCGUAAUUAACAACUGCGCAGACAUGAAAGACGCUGUAGCAUCGAGCGAAGAGUCUGUCCAUGGUAAUGGAGAGACCCUACCAGUGGAGGAAUCGCCAGCUAAGCAAAAGUUGAGGGAAUGGUUGAAUCGACCGCUAAAAAUUAAAAUGACAGAUGGCCGUGUCUUAACAGGAGCAUUCUUAUGCACCGAUCGUGACGCUAAUGUAAUCUUAGGAUCAUGCUCGGAGUUUCUAUCAGAAGAACAUACAGAGGCAAGAGCUUUAGGCCUUGUUAUGGUACCAGGUCGGCAUAUUGUAACUAUUCAUUUAGACACGUGAUUGUGAUAACAAAUAUAAGAGUCACGUCUACAUCACAAUAAAAUCUUAGAUUUUGUUAUGUGUAUAUUUCAUAAUGACCCAAAACACGUGACCACUAGGAGGGUUAUGAUAAAUCUCGCCGGGUGUACAGCUGCAACAAUGUUAUGACUUGAUUAAUUGUCUUGGGAUUCCAAAAAUAAAUUAUUUAAAUUCCCCUAUAA